UUUCAGUCGAGUUUGUCGCGCCUGCUCCUGCUCUUAUCAGCUUUGCACGUCACUUUCCUUGUCUGUGCUCCUGGAGCUUGAACUGUUUGGCUUCAACGAAACUCUUACACAAAAACACUGAAACUCAGCCCGCCCCUUAAUCCUUGCGCGCCGCCGCCUGAUGCCGGAACUCACCUGCGCGCAGAAGUCUAAGGACUACACCCGAGGCCAGCCACCGAGCUGAGCUUUGCUCGAGUCGCUAAAGUCGCGAGUGCGUCCGAAUUAAAGUGUUCUAGGACCGGGGAACUACUGUCUUGUAAACUGCACAUUAGCGGGAUCAGCCAACAUUGUUUACAGCUUCCUGCAGUUGGGAUAAGUAUUACUGGACAACUGAAACAAGAUACAUAACAAGAAACAGCCAUCUUUCUGUGCCUGCAUUUACACAGCUUAACCAGGCUUCAGCGAUGGAAGAGACAAUAUGGGAACAAUAUACAGUUACUCUGCAACGGGAUUCCAAAAUGGGAUUUGGAAUUGCCGUUUCUGGAGGAAGAGACAAUCCAAAUGUGGAGAAUGGGGAAACGUCCAUCAUCGUUUCAGAUGUUCUGCAAGGUGGUCCAGCAGAUGGUGUACUCUUUGAAAAUGACAGAGUUGUAUUAGUGAAUUCAACCCCAAUGGAAAACGUGUCUCAUUCUUUUGCAGUCCAGCAGCUUAGAAAAUGUGGCAAAGUUGCAAAAAUUGUUGUUAAGCGACCACGCAAAGUUUCUGUACAGAAGCGUGCCCCAUCCCCUCAAGCUGAAGAUCGUGUCUUUGAUGCUGCUGAUGAUGAGGAGGAUUAUGAUCACAGAAGUGUACGCAGUGGGCGGACUGACCCAGGGUGGCAUGGAGGCAAUGGAGCCCUUGGAUAUGGAAGAGAUCACUACCUAGAACAUGAACGUGGUGGCUACAGGGAACCUGAUAGCCGGGGCCGUGAUUAUGACAGAGGAAGAGAUUAUGAUGGAGAUCGAAAUUAUACUAGAGAGCGCAGUCGUGGCAGAAGCAUUGACCGUGACCUGAGUCCUGAUCGUGAUUAUAGAAGAGAUCACAGCCGUGGCCGUAGUAUUGAUAGAGAUCUAAGCCCUAAGCGUACCUACAGCAGAGACCCCAGCUAUGAACGGGAGUAUGAUCGCAGGGCACCUCCACAGAAUAUUUACAGACAGGAGAAAAACGUGAAAAGUCAAAGCCGUGAUCAACUACAAGGCCGAAGCCCCUCUCCACCCUCUGCCCGAGACCACGACCAGCUGGAGAAACCUGUCAAUGUGCUCUUGGUCAAAAACCGGCCAAAUGAAGAAUAUGGCCUCCGACUUGGCAGCCAGAUAUUUAUUAAAGAGAUGACGAGUACAGGUUUGGCAGCAAAAGAUGGAAACUUACAAGAGGGCGAUAUCAUUCUCAAGAUCAAUGGAACAGUGACGGAAAACCUGUCUCUUACUGAUGCCAGAAGGCUUAUAGAAAAGUCAAGUGGAAAACUGCAGUUAGUUGUGCAGAGGGACAACCGGCAGACUCUAAUCAGGAUUCCACCAAUGGAUGACAGUGAUUCUGAACCUGAUGACAUUUCUGAAAUAGGGUCAUACCACUCUUAUUCCCCUCAAGAAGACAGACGAUCCCAUCAUUCUGAUCUUUCAUCGCAUUCUUCUACAGAAAGGCUAAAAGACAAGCACAGAGAUGAACCACCCAAUAGACUGGCAAAAAUGGGAGCAAUGCCCACACCUUUUAAGAUGACUGGUGACACUUCAGCCCCUGUAACAGACGUGGAUAUUGUAGAGAAAAGUGCAGAAGAACCUCCCGCUGUGGUGCAUGUGGCUCCUAAAAUACAUCUUCGUCCCAGUCCUGAAGACGAAGAAAUUUAUGGCCCCAACACAAUCAUGGUGAGGUUCCAGAAAGGUGACAGCGUUGGUCUGAGACUGGCAGGUGGAAAUGAUGUUGGAAUAUUUGUUGCUGGAGUUCAGGAAGGAAGUCUUGCUGAACAGGAGGGUCUGCGGAUUGGGGAUCAGAUUUUAAAGGUUAACAGCGCUGACUUCAGAUGUAUCAUUCGGGAAGAAGCUGUACUAUAUCUCCUUGAAAUUCCAAAGGGGGAGGAUGUAACCAUACUUGCGCAAAACAAAUCUGAUGUUUACAAGGACAUUCUUGCUUCAGGCAGAGGUGAUUCGUUCUUCAUUAGGACACACUUUGAGUAUGAUAAAGAAACUCCUCAAAGUCUGGCAUUUAGUCGAGGAGAUAUCUUAAAAAUUGUGGACACCUUAUAUGACGGGAAACUUGGAAACUGGCUUGCGGUGAGAAUGGGAAAGGAUAGCAUGCAGCUUGAUAAGGGCAUCAUUCCAAACAGAAGCAGAGCCGAACAGAUGGCCAGUGUUCAAAAUGCACAAAGAGCAGCAGCAAAUGACAGAGGAGAUUUCUGGAGAUUGCGUGGUCAGAGGGCUGGAAUGAAGAAGAACCUAAAGAAAAGUCGUGAGGAUCUCACAGUGACACCUGUUGGCACAAGAUUCCCUGCUUAUGAAAAAGUGGUACUACGAGAAGCUGGCUUUAAGAGACCUGUAGUGCUGUUUGGUCCCAUUGCAGAUAUCGCAACUGAUAAGUUAGCUUCUGAAUUGCCAGAUGAUUUUCAAAGUGCUAAAACUGAACCAAAAGAUGCAGGAUCAGAGAAGUCUUCUGGAGUUGUUCGUCUAAACACAAUAAGACAAAUAAUUGAACAGGAAAGGCAUGCUUUACUUGAUGUGACUCCAAAGGCUGUAGAUCUGCUGAACUACACCCAAUGGUAUCCAAUAGUGAUCUUCUUCAAUCCUGAUAGCAAACAAGGAGUUAAAACCAUGAGGCAAAGGUUGUGUCCAACAUCUAACAAAAGCUCUCGUAAACUAUAUGAACAUGCAAACAAGCUGAAGAAAACCUGCUCUCAUCUUUUCACAGCAACCAUUGACCUGAAUUCAGCUAAUGAUGCGUGGUUUGGUGGUGUUAAAGAUUCAAUAAGAGAGCAGCAAACAGAAGCUGUUUGGGUCUCCGAAGCCAAACUUGAAGGAUCCUCUGAAGAAGACUUGGACCUUCAUGAUGACCGCAUGUCAUACCUUUCUGCAAUGGGGGCUGACUACCUUAGCUGUGACAGUCGGCUGACUAGUGACUACGAUGACACAGCCGAUGAGGGAGGAGCUUACACUGAUAACGAGUUAGAUGAUCUAGCAGAUGAACCGCAGGUUUCUGCUAUCAGUCGGUCUUCAGAACCAGUGGUUGGAGAAGAGAGCCUGCAUCAUACCAACCUUGAGCCCAGAGGCCAAGUAAGAAGAGCUGGCAGCCAGGAGUUAUUGAGAGAUCCCAGUCCACCUCCAUCUUUCAGACCAGAACCUCCAAAGGCAAAAGUUCAAAGUCGAGAAGAAAUUUCCAGACAACAGUAUGAUAUAGCAAAAGGCUAUGAAUCUCAGUCCAGCCAGAGUCCAGCUAGUAGUGAACAUCCAAGGAGCCAAGAUUCUGCAGUGGGCAGACCAGUCCCACCUCCAGUAGCUCAGAAACCUUCCUUUGGAUUACGCUCUGCCAGGCCUGCACUUCUCAGCAGCGAGCUUCCUGAUGAUGUGGAACCAGCAAAUGAUUCUGAGGACCCUUCUGUGAAGUCUGUGCUAGGCAAGGUGAAAGUGUUUGAAAAAAUGGAUCACAAAGCACGCGCACAGAGGAUGCUGGAACUGCAGGAGGCUCAGAGCGCAAGGAUGGAAAUAGCCCAAAAGCAUCCCGACUUGUACGCUGUUCCUAUCAAAGUUCAAAAACCAGAGCAGAACAGGCCUCAACCUAUUGGCUCAAGCUCCAGGCCAGAACCUCAGAAACCACCAUCAAGCAAUACUAGUUAUUACCACGAUGAAGAGGAGGAAGAGGAUUACAGACGUCAAGUUGCAGACCAGACAAAGCGCGCCUACUAUGCAAGUCCACAAAAAUAUCGUGACACUGAACUCUAGGCAACAUCUCACUAACCUCAGUAAAAUUUGCUCAAACAUCCAUUCCAAAGGGAUGCUCCCUGCACACUUUUUAAUCAGACUUGGAAGUAUCUUGCUUUUAAGUUGUUCUCACUUUUGCUUCAACGAAGUGAAAUAAUCUGUCCAUAUGGAUGGGAUUGCAACCUUUUUUAAAAAUAUAAAUCACCUAUUCAUGUGUAUUCUACUUUUUGGUCUAUGCAAUUAUCUAAUGUUUAAGCUAAUUUCAUCAAACAUCACUAUCUUUUGUUGUUUUUUAUAUAAGCCAAAAAUGUUUAUUUGUGCUCAGC